GAGAGGGGAAAGGCAGCGGAGCUCUCUGUCAGGCUAGGAUAAACCCAAUCAGACCUGGAUGCUAGCACACCUCCAGCAUGGCUCACUCCCUUCCGUCAGCUGCCGAGUCGCCUUGCCAGGAGCCGGCCCCCACGCGGGGGCUACUAGCGGGCAGCUGCCGUAGCGGGCGCGGGUGUGGACGCGCGGCGUGCCGAUCCCCCCCGACCAGGAGCCUCUGAGAUGGCCGAGCACGGAGCGUCUGCCUGGAGGGAGCUACGCAUCAGGCUUUCCCGGGCAAGCGGCAGCCUGCAGUCCGCCCCAGCCUCCGCCUCCGCCUCCACCAGCGUCUCCUCCUCCACCUCUUCCACCUCCGCCUGGGCUGCUGCUGCUGCCACCUCAGACUCACUCUCAGCCGCCACUGCUGCUGCUGCUGCUGCUGCCGCCUCUGCCUGAAAGCACAGCACAGCCCAGCCAGCCUUCCUCAUCUGCGAGUGAGUGUGUGUGUGUGUGAGUGUGUGUGUGUGUGUGUGUGUGUGUCUUCAAGAGUGUGUGUGCGUGUGUAUGCACACACUCGCUCGCAAAAAGAAAGCCUCUUCCUCCCAUAGGAGAGGCUUGCUCUCUCUUGCGCUCGCUUCUCCGUUCGCCCCCGACACCACCACCACCUCCUCCAUCUCCACCUCCUCCUCCUCCUCCUUCUCUUUCUCCUCCUCGCGGCUCUCAGCACAAGGUUCCCUUGUAUAGAGCUGACGAUGUUCCGCAAGAAGAAAAAGAAGAGACCGGAAAUAUCAGCGCCAAAGAACUUUGAGCACCGGGUGCACACGUCGUUCGAUGCCAAGCGCGGCUGCUUCGUGGGCCUGCCAACCCAAUGGCAGAGCAUCAUAGAGAACCUGCGCAGGCCUCGGCCCAUGGUGGACCCGUCCAGGAUCACGCCGGUGGAGCUCAAACCAAAGAAGACUAUAGUGCGUGGGAGUUUCGUUGGCCACGGGGACUACAUCUCCGCCAUGCUGUCGGACAUGAGUCGCCUGUCGGUCAGCAGCUCCAACUCCCUGCGCAAGAGCAGCCCGUCGGCGCGCAAGCGGGCGCAGUCUCUGGGCCGGCUGGGCGAGGAGCGCGAGGGCGAGCCGUACCAGUACGAGGACCUGGCGCUCGCCGAGGCGCACGCCGCCGACAACGGUCAGGGGCGCUGGCGGGAGCGGGAGCGCGAGCGGGCGCGGAUCGUGCACAGCGAGAGCGGCACGCCGCACAUGGGCAUGAAGAAGAGCGUGACGCUGCAGCCCAAUGGCAUGCUGCCCCGCGCCAAGUCCACGCACGAGGUCAGCAUCACGUCGUUGGAGGCCAUCGGGCCCCCGCCAUUCCCGCCUCCGCUGCCCCCUCCGCCCAUCCCUGUGCCCUACCCUCCGCCCAUGUACCUCUGUGGCGGCGGGGGCGCUGGCGAGAUGGGCAGCCCCACCGAACGCCUGAUGGCACGGAGGGACGUGGCACCGCCACCAUCGCGGCCGCUGCCUCCCCCGGGUCAGAGGCCCAUGUCGUGCUUCUACACCCCCGCCGGACACAUCCAGCCACCGCCGCCACCACUGCCGCCACCCAUGGGGGAGCAUGGCCAUCCCCCCGAACGCUUCCUCAUCCACUCACAGAACAGCCCUGGGAGGCCGUACUCGUCCUACGACCUGAAGGCCGACGCGGUCUUUAGGCACCAGCCUGGUCUGUUUGCCAGCUGCACCAACAGCCCCAUGAUGAGCGCCGGUGCGCGUCCACCCCACCGGGCGGUGCGCUCCUCGUCCAGCUACACCAUCGGCCUGUCCCCCAACAUCAGCCUGCGGCCCGGCGGGCCCGAGCCCUACCUGCGCCACUCGGCCAGCACCAACCCAGGCUUCUACCCGCGGCAGGACAGCCCGUCCCAGCCGCGGCCCUCGCCCACGGGCUCGCUGGCCACCAGCCCGCCGGGCACCUGCUCGCCCGCCUUCCGGCCGCCCCAGCACCCCUCGCCGCGCCCGCCGCCCGACCCGCCCAAGGUGACCCACGAGCAGUUCAAGGCGGCGCUGCAGAUGGUGGUGGACAAGGGCGACCCGCGCUCCUACCUGGACAACUUUGUGAAGAUCGGCGAGGGCUCCACGGGGGUGGUGUGCAUCGCGUGCGAGAAGCACAGCGGCCGACAGGUGGCCGUCAAGAUGAUGGACCUGCGCAGGCAGCAGCGCAGAGAGCUGCUGUUUAAUGAGGUGGUGAUCAUGAGGGACUACCAGCACAAGAACGUGGUGGAGAUGUUCAAGAGCGCUCUGGUCGAGGAGGAGCUUUGGGUCAUCAUGGAGUACCUGCAAGGUGGAGCUCUGACCAACAUCGUCUCGGAGACCAGGCUGAGUGAGGAGCAGAUAGCCACAGUGUGUGAGGCGGUGCUGCAGGCCCUGGCCUAUCUGCACUCCCAGGGCGUCAUCCACAGAGACAUCAAGAGUGACUCCAUCCUCCUCACACUGGACGGCAGGGUUAAGCUGUCAGACUUUGGGUUCUGUGCCCAGAUCAGUAAAGACAUCCCUAAGAGGAAGUCUCUAGUGGGCACACCCUACUGGAUGGCACCUGAGGUGAUCUCGAAAUCACCCUAUGGCACUGAGGUGGAUGUUUGGUCUCUGGGCAUCAUGGUGGUGGAGAUGGUGGACGGCGAGCCUCCAUACUUCAGCGAGACACCGGUGGCAGCCAUGAAGAGGCUACGAGAUGAGCUAGCUCCCACUGUACGCAACAUCAACCAGAUCUCACCAGUUCUGAGGGACUUCCUGGACCGCAUGCUGACGCGGGACCCACUGGACCGGGCCACGGCCACGGACCUGCUGGAGCACCCGUUCCUGCUGAAGAGCAGCUCGCCGCAGUGCCUGGUCCCCCUGGUGGAGCAGUACCGCAAGCGCAUGUCCCGAUGCUGAGGCUGGCACACCCUCCUACACUACCCUCACAAUGUGCUGCUGGAGUCCUGUCAGACCCCCCUGCCUGCCUACCACACACACAAACACACGCACACACACACACACACACACACACACACACAGACACACAGACACACACACACACACACACACACACACACACACACACACACACUACUCACCAGCCAGGCAUCCUCUGACAUGCCAAGUCAUCACGUCCGGCUCCACUGGCGAGUUUGUGCCCACGUGGGAAUUCUGGGAUGGCAUUUUGCAGGGGGAGAGAAAAUGGUUCCCUGCAUGGUUCCGUGAAUGGGUCCCUCCUGGUUGGUUGAAGUAUGGAGUAACCACAGCAGGGUUAUCCAAUGCAAUGACACGAGAGGAGGAAAGCACUUUAUGCGUCUGUGGGCUACGCUUCAGAGACAGUCAUUUUCCCUUGUAAUUGUGACAAGCGCAAGACCGAGGAGAACUCGAUUCCCUGACUGGUUCCUCACUAAAUGAACCUCUGCGGUGGUGGAAGGUUCCCCCCUGGGAAUUCCUGAACUACUGAGCGGUCCUAACUUGUUUUUUUUUUUUGUUUUAAAAAAGGGUUCUCCCUUUUCAAAUGCUCUACUGAGCACCAUUGUUCUUCAGUUGAUCAUGCUUUUUAGGCUGUUGUUUUGAUUAUUUUUUAUGUCCAACUGCAAACUUUUUCAACUGACUCUGGCUCUGCUCUGCCAUGGGUCAUGAAGAGCAGUGCUUUCCUUGUGUUCCUCUGAACACUGUGCGGUCGAUUUGGACUUCCUCUGCAUAUGAUAUGCAUGAUUAAAUCAGGGGCACAUUUAGCUUGAAUCUGAAUGCGCAAAAAGCUUCCCAUGUUUUAAGAAAAAAGAUAUUAUGCUUCGUUGCCACCGACCAUAAUGGUGUUGUUCACUUUACAGCUGUGGUGGCAGACUUUUUCAAAUGAGAUUACUAAGUUGAUAUUAUUGUUAGAACUAUUCCCUAAAAGUGGUCCCUAUACUUUUCCAAAAAAAGAUGUUUGUAUGAUGUGAUAUUUUAAAUAUGGCACUUUGACCUCUCAGUGGUUUAAUUUUGAAAUUGUGACUCAAAAUCCUAGCUGAAGGUCAAGUGAUGUAUAUUUCAAAAUCAAUAUAAACCUGUAUGUGUCUGCAAGAUGGCUGUAGUCGAAUUAUGAGAUAACAAAAACCCAAUUUAUUAUCACUAUCACUAUUAUGUUAUUUUGAUUCACUUUAAUUGGAAAGUGUGAGUGUUUACGUUGGGGAUGCAUUUUGUUUAUGUUGUUAGGUGAGCAUCCUAUCAGUGGUACUGUGAUAGCUUUUUUUCCCAGGAUGUAUGUAUUGCUACUGAAACAACAACAAAAAAAUCAUUGUGAGACUGUUUUCUGCAUUUGUUUUGCAUCUAGACAAAGCACACAGGCUUGGUACAGUACAUGACUCUAAAGGACCUCACCAGCUGAGAUCACAGUGUUCAUCACCUUGGUAUUCUUUCCAGAAUACAUUUCAUGGUUGUAUUUGUAUGUAGGUCAUUCAUGAAGAGAAAAGCAUUAUUUUAAUUUUGUAAAAAUGAAUAAAUUAUGCAUAUUGAAU